UCUGACAUCACUUCCGCAUUAGAAAAGGGGCUUCAAGUAUCUCAUACCUAUUUGGAAGUUGAAACUAGAGUAUCGUGUUUUGAUUUCAAUUUGAGUGAUUUUAAUUUAUGUGAUUACUUCAGUGGUGACAUUCACAAUGAGCAAGAAGUGUGCAAAGUGCGAGAAGACAGUUUACCCCACGGAGGAACUGAAAUGCCUGGACAAGUUUUGGCACAAAGCAUGUUUCAAGUGCGAGGUUUGCAACAUGACCUUGAAUAUGAAAAACUACAAAGGCUACAACAAGAUACCCUACUGCAAUGUUCACUACCCCACCACCUCAUUCACUGCUGUAGCUGACACACCGGAGAACCAGAGAAUCAAACAGAACACCAAAGUACAGAGCAAUGUCCAAUACCACAGCGACUUUGAGAGACAGAAGGGAUCGUACACACAAGUAGCGGACACCCCCGAUAUGUUACGUCACCAACAGAACACCAAGAAUAUCAGUCUGAUCGAGUAUCAUCGAAACUUCGAGGAGUCCAAAUCAAGCUUCACCUGUGUUACGGAUACCCCGGUCAUGAAAACACAGCUUACCAAUACCAAGAACGUCAGCUUGAUUCAGUAUCAAAAGGACUUCACGGAUUCUAGAGGGAUUUGUUACCAGGUUCCUGACACUGUAGAAAUGAAAACACACCGCCGUAAUAUGGAAAACAUCAGCUUGAUCAAAUACCAUGCAGAUUUUGAGAAGAUGAAGGGCAAGAAGCUGACCGUGGUGGAUGAUCCGGAGAUGAUGCGGAUCAAGCAGAACACCGCCAUCCAGAGCAAUGUGGAGUACCACAAAGUCCGCGACCAGCUCAGCGAGAUGGAGCAGAAACGCCCGGACCGGGAGGCCAGAGAAGUCCCCAGUCGUACUCAGCCUGGAAGGAUAACUGAUUAUGACCCCACCCCUGCUAAUACUGGAGGCACCCCAUACUCCAUGAGAAACUCGCAAGCCCGUGUUGUUUACGACUCAAGCAUCGGAAAAGAGGGUCCAGAUGUUUUUGAGGAGGUGGAGGAGGUUCCCACUCGUAAGCCCGGCUCUAUUUCUGACUAUGACCCAUUGAACAAUGAGUUUGGAUCCAUUGGCAGAUACAGCGGAGGGGACCCUGAACCGCCUCGUGGCUACCAGGCACCACCCCAGAGCUACCAGCCUCCACCCCAGAGCUACCAACCCCCGCCCCAGAGUUACCAGCCUCCCCCCCAGAGUUACCAGCCCCCGCCCCCACAACCUGCCUCAGAGGGGAUGGUGUGUAAGGCGUUGUACGACUACACCUCAGCCGACGCGGACGAAGUCUCCUUCCAGGAGGAUGACCUCAUCAUCCAGUGUCAACCAAUCGAUGAAGGCUGGAUGGAGGGAACGGUCAAGCGAACCGGUGAACGGGGGAUGCUGCCCUCUAACUACGUGGACCGAGUCAACUAGGCACCAGAUAAACAUUUAGGAAUCAAUUUAUCAAAGUUAUUAUAAAAGUUCAAUGUUAUUACUGAAAUGUUAGCUUUUAUAAAGUUACUUCCCUUUUUAUCUAAGUCUAUUAUGCGUGUUAUGCUGCUAUAGGCCCUAUAGUUCAUUGUUUUUAAGGCGGUGUUAAUGUUAUGCUAUUUACUUCCUCAUCGUCCUGUGUUUUUUCUUUAAACAAGAAAACAAGAUGAUCAUGUACAUCAUUGUGUAAGGUAGCUUGGGGGAUCCCCUAUUUUGUGUAGGAUUCUCCCCUUUUUUCUUUCUACACUUUCAUCAUGUAAGAGUUGGUCUAUUUUAUUCUCUCAUGCUUCACAUUAGUAUUAAAUGAUGGCCCUGGCUCUGUGUUGAACUCUGACCGCCGGUCAAGUGAUGGUUGGCUUAACACGAGUACUAUGUGCCAUGAACCACUGAGCCGUGAAGCUUGUCUACUUCCUAUUGUUACAAGGAAUAAACAAAUUGGUGCAAUCUAAUUAAGGCGUAUCUCGUGUAGAACCUGGUGAUAUUCGACAGCGUGACUGUUCUUUAUCCUGUACACAAGGAUUUCAUACUACUCCUAGGGUCUCUCCUAUGAUUCAUUUAGAAAUUGAUUUUAAGGAUUUUAUAUUUAUUGGAAGCUUGUUCGCAUACCUAGAAAUCAAAGCUUUGCUCCUUUGUAUAAAGUUGCCAGUAACUUAUAUUUUGAAUUGAAGCAGACGCUAACGUGUUACUAAAACAGAAAUGACAGCUCUCCCAGACCUGUGCAGGCGUGUUUUGGUCAGUGGAGUGUUUUAAGUAUCUACAAAGUGGAUCAUUGCCUCACCCUGUAAUCCUUCAUCACGUUUCUUUUGCACGUUUACUUUAUAGCCUGUGUAACCACUAUUUUAAUUUUUUUUCUAGUUUUAAAUUUUUAAACUUGGUGGUCUUAAUCAGAACCAAAGAUGCAGUUUAUAAUUUAAGAAUUUCAAGCUGUUAUUUAAUAUUUAUAUUGAACAAAUUCAAACUUUGUACAGGAGUUAAAUACUUCCCUUUUCCCUGUAAAGUUACAUAAUCAGAAUGAAGAUCAAUGAGAUGAAGAUCUAAAUCAAAUUUGUCAACAAAAGGAAAAAUCAUGGAACAAAUUCCCUAUGUAAAAGUGUUGUUGUUUUUAGAAUUUGAGUAAAACUGGUUCUGUAAUCAGAAACUGCCUAUAUAUGUCUGUGUACAAAGUAAUGGAUUAUAGAAUUCUGUGUACAAAACAAGGGAUUUGCUUUUUUUUUAAUCAUUAAUUAUAAAAUACUGAUUAUUGAUUAAAGUGUUAUGUAGAUAUUUUA